GGUAUACUAAAUUUAUAAACAUGAUCUUAUAAAUAAACUGACUUAGUUUACAUAUGGUUGCUUAAAACGUAUCUUACAUUCUCCUAGUCACUAUGAUUGUAGAUCUCAAAUAUAUUGUGUUUUACAAUGUUUACUACCGUUGAAUUUAAACUAUACAUAGCAACAAAAUGAUUAUAGCAUCGAACGAAGUAGAAUUAUUCAAUGUGGUUUAGCUCUGUUUUAUUCACUGUGUUGCAUAAAGAAAGAAAAUUGAUGAAGUGUAUGUUUGUUGGAUUGUAUAUUAUUUUAAUGUAUAUUUUUGGAUUUUGGUCAUGAUUUAAUGUUCUGUAAACUCAUUUAGAUUUCUGGUCAGUAAAUUAGCUACAUUCAACAUCCCAACGAAUUAUGCAAGAUCGGGUUGAAUUCCAUGUUAGUUAACUGCAAUAGCAAGACCUAAAAAAAGUUUCUGUAAAUAUUCAGCUAACUCUGUAAUCGUAAACACUAGGUUUCUUGUGAUAUUUAGACAAAUGAUAGUUAAUCCCAGCUCAUUUAAUCCAACAUAUUGUAGUAAUCUUCAUCCCUGAAUUAUCGAAAAUUUUGCAAGGAAUACUUGAUCUGAUAGUCAAGACUCAUAGUGGCAGUUGAUGAAGCUUAUCGCCUGUUCGUCUAAGUCACUUGAACAAAAUCCUUAGUGCCAAUGAAAAAAUAUCGAGAUGAUAGCGCACUCAAUGCAUAUUUCUAAAGAUCCUUAGAGCACUACAUGAAGCCAUCUGAACGAUGGUUUAACUGACCCCCUGUUCUAGGAAAUUCUGUAAAUCGUACCCCAAUUGACGUAAUGAUAUCUUAGGAAAGAACUCCAACUAGUAGGAUGUCACAAGAUACUCGGCUCAGAAGAUUUAUUUCUAGGUCUUUUUAGUUGGACAGGUGACAUUUUCAAUCUGAAACUAACUAGAUUACCAGAGGAAAAGCUUAUGGUAAUUUAGCUUAUCUAUGUCAAAGUUUCGCUGUAUCUAUAAAAGGUACUUUAGUGAAAUCAACUCUGCUCUUUACUUGUGAAUCUUGCCGUCUAUAAGAUAUUUGUCGGUCUCUGUCUUUAAAUAAACAUGAUAAGCUAAGUAAUAUUACUAGUCAUUAACUAAAACGUAACUAUGAUGUAAAAUGAAGUCACUAAUCUUUAUUCAUAGGAAUUAAAAUUUCAACAUCGUGGUACAGAUACGUCAUGGCUAUUUAAUGUUGGUUGUGCCGUGAAAUUUUUCAAAACAAUCUAACAUCUGAUCCUGUUUAUGUUAGACCGGGCAAAUAUACACGGUAUCGUGUUUACGUUUUAGUGGCCUCGUAUAUAUUUAUCGACUUAAUCCGCGUUAGUGAAUAACAGAAUUAAAUAAACCAAAUACCAGAAUGAAUUUUUGAAUGCGUAUAUUUUGUGCAAUCAUUUAUCUGGACAGACAAUCAGAGGGACGAAGCGAAGCGGAAUGAUGCGCGAUGAAGCCCUGUGGACCAACUCGAUUCAACCAAGCGUUAAUCAAUAUAGUCACACAAAUAUAAGCUACAGACAUGUGAUGAAUAGGAUAGGAUGUACACAUAUAAAAACAGGGUUGAUAAGUGGAUAAUUAACAAGGUCAAAACGUGACUCGAGAAGAAUGAAUAAGUUGGCCUGUUUAGAAGCGAGAAUAACCUAUAUGGGCUUAACAUAGUAACUGACACUACAACGUAUUCGGUUUUCUAUUUGUGGUUAUUUUUAUGGGUAUGACAUUGAUUUAUUGUUCUUAAGUAAUACCCAGUCAAACUAUUCAAGUCUGACUGUCAGUAUGACUGUAUGUAAAUCAUAUAAAGAAUUGUGUAUGCAUAUAACAUUUUGAUUUAUUUUGGGAGUCAAAUAAAUCAUUAUCAAGCACUACACUUCGUCGUAUUUGCGAUUUUCAGCACCACGUGCAAGGCAGCUAAGACAUAAUAGUGACAAGCAUGACAAUUUUCAUCUUAAAUUCUUUUAAUUACUAACUAAUUAGUCUUAUUAUAUUGGGAUGAGUAUUUUACAUUUUGAAAUUUUUCAGGAGGUUCUCAUUGUCGGUGGUGUUGGUUGCAACGUGCGUCUACAGGAAAUGAUGAACUGCAUGGCUGAAGAGCGUGGUGCUAAAUUAUUCGCAACUGAUGAGCGAUUUUGUAUUGAUAAUGGUGCUAUGAUAGCACAUACUGGAUGUCUAAUGUUUGAUGCCGGUUUGACUUUUCCGCUGAAAGACUCUGUUGUCUCUCAACGCUAUCGUACAGAUGCUGUUGAUGCAGUUUGGCGUGAUGAAUAAAAUCUCCAUAUGUAUAUAUUUUUAAAUAUAUUGCUAUUCUGACGAUUCAAUGUUUUUCUAUGUGAACUCUACUUAGUUGCAUAUGCUAUUGCGAAAUGGUUAGGUAGGCAGACAUAGAGAUAAAUCAUUCAUUGUCUCUAGAUACAAGCUCAUCCUUUUAUUCAUAAAUCUCUAUAAGUUGCUUCUGGAAUAUCGAUUGUAUUUCGUAUUUUUUGUAAGCAAGCUGCAGGUCAUUUUAGUACCAAGUUGUUCUAAAUCUGUCCUAGUAAAAGUAACCAAGCAUAUAGUAAAAUAGCGACCGAAGUUAUUGAAGAAAAUAAACUGGUCUAGGAGAAAUAGAAUGAUAUUAUUUGAUUGUCAAAUAAAUGGGUUUAUUGUAUCCCUUACCUAGUAAUGAAUAUUCAUUAUUACACCUUAUAAAAUUUCUAUCCACCCAGUUAUUUACUAUUAUGUUUUAUAGGUGUCAGGUUUUCUACAUAUUUAGAUGCGAACGUUUUCUUCUUUCCUUACCUAUCUAUUAUUCUUGUUAAAGAUUCUGACACUCGUAGCACCUCGUUUCAUCUUUUAGGACAGAUGGGUAUCCGAGGCUUGUGGACGUAUAUUCAAAGUAACAGUGAAAACUUCUCCUCGUAUGAAUUGCAUAACCAACCUUUAGUUAUUGAUGCUGAAAACUUCGCUUCUCUCUGUUAUCGUCAAGCUGCUUUGCGAUGUGAAUAUGGUGGAGAGUAUUUGGCAUUUAAAGGUUAUGUCCAGUUAUUCCUAAAACAGUUUCGUAUCUGUCGUGUGAACCCAAUCUUCGUUUUUGAUGGAUGUCAUUCUAAAGAGGGAUCAAAAUUGGAUACUUUGUUGAAGCGAAACGUUGACCAAUUUAAUAAACUCUCAUCAGCUCUUCGUAAUAUUAACUCAAUUUCUAAUCUAGAUAGCCUAGACUUGAAAAUCGAUAUAACUCCACGACUAUGUAGACAUGUUCUUGUGGAAAUUCUACGGGAAACUUCAGUUCGAUACAUAGCAUGUGAACGUGAAGCUGAUAUCAGUAUAGCAAAACUAGCUAUUUCUCUUCAAUGUCCCAUUACUAGUGGAGAUUCUGAUUUUUUGAUUUAUCGACCAAUCGAUGACAAUCAAGUCUAUAGUUUUAUUCCACUUUCAUCUAUUCUACUCGAUUGUAAGCAGAGAUCCCUCCCUUGUUCUGUUUGUAAACUUGAUGGUUCUCCAUGUUUUUUUAUAUCGUGUAAAGUCCUUAAUAAUUCAGGACCGUUUUAUAAACUCAAGUAUCCUAUGUUACCACUUUUUGCCAUUCUCGUUGGUAAUGACAUAACAUCAAAUAUUCGCCUUCCAGCUAUCAUCGAUUCUCUAAUCCAUACUUCUGAUCUACAGAACACAUCCUACUAUCAAAGACGUAUCCAUGCUAUAUUUAACUGGAUCUUACAAUUCUGUGAUAUGAAACAACCAUUGUCAUUAAUUCUGUCACUUUACAGCCAAAAUGAAAGGGAUGAUAUUGAGGAGACAAUACGUUCGGGGAUUUCGGAUUAUUUUCUGAAUAUUUCAGGUGAAAACCUGGCUCAUGCAUUAGGAUUUUCAAACAAACACUAUGUCUCAUUAAGUGUCCCAUCAUCAAGCAAACUUGAAAAUUCAAACAUUCAAAACUCCACAACUUCAUGGGGUUCCUGCUUUGAAGAUCCUUUCAAAUUUUCUAAACCUAUUUUUGAGCGGAAUAAUGAUAAAGUUAGUAUAUUUCACCAUUGGCCGAAAGAAUUGAUUAAACGAUUUAAAUCUUUGGAAUUAAUCCCAAGCUUUUUGGACUACAUGUAUGUGCGAAAUGGCGUUGUCCCUCGUCAAGUAGUGGAGGAUAUAAAGAGUCCUAAUUCAAUUAACGAAUGUAUGUCUAAAAUGAGAAGUAUUUUAAAUGGACUUAUAUAUGGCCUUGAAAAACACUUAGGCACCAAUGAAAAGUUAUGUGGAAUGGAGAAUGGGUGUGUCACUGAGUACAGAAGAAGUUCGAAUGGUCAAUUGACGAAGACUUUAAUUUCCGUGAAGCCUCUUAAACCCCCUUGUGCUAAAACACCUGAAUUUUCGUUCGUAUCUUUUUUCUCCCAGUCUUUUAAUGUGAAUUUAGUAAAAGAUUUUAAACCUCUUGAAAUACAAGGUUUAGCUGUUUUAUUAGUUCUAUGGUUCAGAUCUUCAUUCCAUGCUCAAUCUAAAGCUAAAAACAUUCAAACAUCACCAGUUGGACUUGCCCUAUCAUGUUGCGCAAUCGCUAUCAAUUUAAAUUGUGAAUUUCUUGGUAGAAAUAAUACUUUUGAAGAUUUUGUCAACUCUAUUUGCACACAUUUCAAUAAAUGUGCUGAUUUAGCAAAAUCAGUUUAUUGCCAAAGAAAUUCACCUUUCUUUUGUAUCGAAGAUGUUCACCAACUUAAUGAAUUGCAAAGUAUGGCCUCUGGAUUAAAUCAUUUAGUUGCACUGAUUGAGGUGCUUUGUCCGUUUUAUGUCUCAAAUAUUGAUGAAUUUGAUACUUCACAUUUAAAAAAUUCUUUCAUAAGCUUUUAUCCACUUUGGAUGUUAUUUGCCAGUGGACGUCUUAUAUACUGGAUUGGUCGACUUUUACAAAGUCUAGAUCCGUCUGAGCGUUUCCAUAAAGUCAUAAAUGAUUGGCUUCCAAAAUUGCUCAUUAAAACCAAUUUUAUCAGUCAACAACAGGACUGUGCCCAAAGAGAUUUUACCAAACUUUUCAAUCUAAUUGAUAAGUUGAACUGAUAAAAUUUGUAGUUUCUAUUAUCAACGGUAGUAUUUAUUUUUGAUAGACCUUCAUUUACGAUUGUUUUACUUAAUUUUAUAAACAUACAUAACACUUCCAUGGUUUUUGUUUAAACUUUUAUUUCAUUCAUUUGCACACCUAUUUUUCUAACAACUAUAAUCAUCCACGUACUUUAAUGUAAACUUCAUACUUUCUUGCUGCACCUUUAUUUUAUCAAAGGUAGUAAGGAUGUAAAAAAGAAGCAUUUAUCCGAAAAAC